AUCUACAGCAGCUGUUGUCCCUCAGUUCCCAACCACCAUGGCCUCUCCCGACAGGACGACGGAACAGCUGCACGCUGCCAGCAAGGGCUUCAAUCUUCUCUUCUCGAAUGCCAUUGCUGAUGCCCAGAAGGAGUUCGCGGCUGACGAUUCGCCAUUUCACUCCUUGGGUGCUGGCGUCUGCGUGUUUUUGGAGGCGGCCAUGGGAAUGGAGUCAGCCAAGAUGGAAGAGGCCUCAAAGUCACUGGCCCAGUCCGAGGCUGGCUCCAGGAAACAGAUGAAGGCGGCCAAAAGCAGGAGGAACCCCCAGCUACCGCCUGGAAUUGAGUGGGAGAUUGUGAAUGCUGAUUCUGUCGUUUUGUUGGGGUUAACGCUUGCUCUGGGCGAAUCGUACAUGGGAUACCUUCAGUGCAUCAGAUACUCUCUCAACAGCGCCCAUUCUAAAUUUACCAAGUUAUUCAAGACCGUAUUCCCAAAUGGUUUAGAUGGGUACCGAACACCUGCUGCAUCACCAUCCGUAUCCCCCAGUCCCAGCAUUCGUUCCGUUUCCACCGGUUACGCUCCCAAGACAAGCUUCUUCAGAAAAUGGUCUGGGGGGUCCAUGCUGGCGGUGCCCGGGCCCAUCAUUCCUGAAGGUCCCGUCGAUGAGCUCGUAAUAUCAGGGACUGCUUUCGGCUUUGGACUCUUUAACCUCGUCUUCUCCCUUUUGCCUAAACGUAUACAGGGCGUUGUCGGUUUCUUUGGUUUCAAGCAUGAUCGCAAGCUCGCUCUCCAAGCUCUCGCAGUCUCCGCUGCUAAAACGGACGUGCAUUCCGUCUUCGCUGCGCUGGUGUUGAUGACAUACCACGGCGUUGUUCUCCUCCUUGCUGGCUAUCAGGCCGAUGAGGCCCAUAUCCUCAAGCAAUACGGUGCAAUGGUCGACAGCGUCAGUAAGCGCUAUCCGACGGGAUCGUUAUGGAUAUUGAACCAGGCCAAGAUUAAGCGGAUGUCAUACGACGCAUCGGCGGCUAUUGCAGUUCUAAGAAAUGGGCUGAAGCCCGAUAGAGACGUGUCGUUCAGGCAGGCCGAUACAUUACUUGUUUUCGAGUUAGCGUGGACACUGUUGGCCGAGAGAAGAUACGAGGAGGCCGCCAUCGAAUUCAAAAGGAUGACGGAGUUGAACAACUGGAGUCAUGCUACCUACUUAUUCAUCGCUUCCGGGUGCUACAUCGCUAUCGGCAACCUGGACAAGGCACAGGAGUUGUUUGAUGCCGUCCCUGAGUUCAUCGAUAAGCGGAAGCUGGGCGGCAAAGAUUUGCCAAUGGAGGUUUUGAUCAAGAAGAAAAUCGAGUUCUACAAGGAGAAGCAGAAGCGACGCGGCGGAGAUGAGAAGAAUCUUGUACAGUGCAUGAAGAUCAGUCCAGCCGAAGAGAUGGCGAUAUUCUGGAACACCCAUCAGCGAAUCUCGAGGUCCGUCGCUGAGGCUCACAUUCGAGAUUGGACGUCCCUCACGCCGCGGCCCACCAUACGGAGCGCUUACAUGGAAACUCUUGACCUGCCUCCUCCUCCUUCUGAUGCUCCGCUUGACCUGGACACACCUGAUGAGCUCGCUUUGCGGUCGCUGCUGCUCGGUAUUGUUCAUCGAGCAACUAAAGACUUCCAGUCUUCUCGCACGUUCUUCCAGGAUGCGAUUGGAAAACAAGGCGAAAUACGCAUUAGUACAUGGAUCGGCGGCGUGGCGACGUUCGAGCUGGCUGUCGUCGACUUGAAAGAGAAGGAGGCAGAGGGGAAAGAAGGAGGUGGAUGGGAGGAGGUGCUGGAGGGUGCCGAGGCCAAGCUGGACAAGGCAAUGGCUCUUUCGACGCACUCUACAGAUUUGUCAUCGAGGCUGGAUAGCCGUAUCUCAAUGCUGAGGGAGGAGAUUGGGAUGAAGAGGGAGAUGUUGGCCGUCGAGAUGGGACAAUAAGGAAGAGGAAAUUCGUUACUUUUAUGUCAUUACAGGUUAUACAGGACACUAUCAUUUCCAAGUACAGGAUAUCACUCUCCUUUCUACAUUAGACUAGACUCAUUAAAUAAUUGCAUAACAGUUCGUAGGAGUCUUUCAAGUUUGGAUUCCUCAGUUAUUAACCGAC